AUGGCCAGCAAGCAGAAGCAGCAGGUAAAGAGCAAGAAGAUCCUUUCUAGAGGCUGUAUCACGGACCUCAUAGCCGACGGUAAAGUGAUUGUGAUCUAUGAUCAGGCUGUGCUCAAUCUAACCGCGUGGCUACCUUUCCAUCCAGGUGGGGACACUGCCGUUUUGCACAUGAUAGGCCGUGAUGCCACGGAUGAGAUGAAUGCCUACCACGACGAAGAAACGAUAGCGUCUUUCAAAAAAUGGAAAAUUGGCGAAAUCAACUACAGCUGGGAGAAUCUUUUACCACCAAUUCAAGGCGCAGUUUACAGCAAGAAGAGCUCGACAAAGGGAAUCGGCAGCUUGGACGAUAAGCUUGAUGUUGAUUCCUCGCUGUCGUCAUCGUCCUUGGAGAGCGGAAGCAACUCGGACGCGGAGUUGCUUUCCACGACCAGCUCUAUCUUGGAAGAGGUGCCAGAAACGACGCCUGUGCAGCAACACAUCAGGAAAAAAGUGAGCCCCGUGGUCCCUCAAAAUGUCAUUCCCAGGGACAGUAAUAUGAAUGCGUUGUUUCCCCUUGCAGAAUGCAAAUCCACUAUUGUCGAUCCCAAGCUAUUGAUGAUGGAUUAUGACAAUACACUCUCGCAGCGGGACAUGAUGCUGAUACCUUCGCUAGACUACGCUACGCAGCAGAAGCUAAGGGACGAGUACGUCGAACUACACAAUCUUAUAUCUAAAAAUGGCUUUUAUCAGUGCAACUACUGGGCCUAUGUUCGAGAACUCGUCAAGAUUGGCUCGCUACUCUUGUACUCGCUUUCGUUUCUCAAGUUGCGGUGGUUCAUCACGAGUGCGUUUUUCAUGGGUAUGGCGUGGCAUCAAGGCACGUUUAUUGCCCAUGACGCGGGCCACGUUUCAAUUACUCACAACUACCAAAUCGACAAUAUAUUUGGGAUGAUCAUUGCCGAUUGGUUUGGCGGUUUGAGUUUAGGGUGGUGGAAGAGAAACCACAACGUGCAUCAUUUAAUCACCAACGACCCCGUGCAUGACCCAGACAUUCAGCACUUGCCCUUCUUUGCCGUUAGUGUGCGUUUAUUUGGCGACGUUUACUCCACGUACUACGACAAGGUCUUGUGGUUUGACAGCUUUGCCAAAAAAUUGAUCCCCAUCCAGCACUACAUGUACUAUCCAAUCUUGUGCUUUGGCAGAUUCAACUUGUACAGAUUGUCCUGGACGUAUCUACUCGGGGGCGAGGGCCCCAUGAAAGGCCGGGCAGCGUGGUUUAGAUACUUUGAGAUUGCAGGAUUGAGUUUCUUUUUUUACUGGUUUUUCUACUUGCUCGUCUGCAAAUCGAUAGAUGGUGGAUGGAACAGAUUCAACUAUGUCUUGGUGAGCCACUUUGCCACGAUGUUGGUGCACGUGCAAAUCACCUUGUCCCACUUUGCAAUGUCGACGGCAGACUUGGGAGUAAGCGAAUCGUUCCCAUCAAGACAGAUCAGAACCACGAUGGAUGUCGACUGUCCUGAAUGGUUGGAUUUCUUGCACGGUGGCUUGCAAUUUCAAGCCAUCCACCACUUGUUCCCACGCUUGCCGCGCCAUAACUUGAGACAAGUGCAGCCGUUUGUGAUUGACUUUUGUGAAAAAGUUGGCUUGUCGUAUUCCAUUUAUGGCUUUGGAAAGGGCAAUGAGAUCAUUAUAAGUAAACUAGCCGAGAUUGGGAAACAGUGUUCAAUCUUGCUUGAUGCAACUAAAAAGUACGGUGGGGACAUGUACUGA